AGAACUGACAGAAGAACGCAGAUAUAGAAUCAGUAGCGCCAGUCCAGUCAAGUCCAGUGACUCAGUGACUGUCAGUGACUGCACGAGUCACUGCGGUACAUUUGGGUUCGUUGCAACACGAACUCCUUUAUUUUUUUUUAACUUCUCGAUUAUAAAAAUGUAUUGUCAAAAUUACACGAUACCAUUCCACGAAUCGUAAGUUGGAACAUACGACGGAAGAGUAAAUGAAGUGCUGCCAAAUGCAGCGAGACGCAAUCAUCUCAUCUCAAAGAUGGACAGAUUGCGACUGUUGCCAUUGGAAUUACCAUCAGCCACUAAUAUAAACAAUAAUGGAGUAGUUAAAGGGAAGACAUCGUUUGUCCGGAGAUUAGCAGUAGGAUUUGUCAUUUUGGCUACAUUAGGUUUAUUAUAUGUACCAGCAUAUCAUUCUGCCCAAAGCCCAUUCUCAGGCUUAGGUGAGACUCCAUCCCCCGCAGAGUCUGUUGGUGAUACGCAUUCAGUAGCAUCCCUGGCACAGCUGCAAGGAUGGACAUAUAAUACUUCAAGAGAUCUGUGUGCAUAUAUUCAUCCAGAGAAUACAACUUCAGUUCUAAAUCCUAUUAACAUUUGUUCUCCGCCACCAUAUUUACUAAUAGUUGUUUGUUCUGCUGUUACAAAUCAUAAUGCCAGAGCAGCUAUACGGAAUACAUGGGCUAAUAAGACCAUUUUAGAAACUAUAUAUAAUUCAACGGUAAAAGUAGCUUUUCUUUUAGGACAAAGUGACAAUGACACUCUAAAUAAUAUAAUCGCUGAUGAAAAUCAACAAUAUAAUGACAUUAUUCAAGAAAGAUUUUAUGAUACAUACAAUAACUUAACAUUAAAAUCUGUUAUGAUGCUGAAAUGGGUAACAUUUAAUUGUAAACAAGCUAAAUAUCUUAUGAAAACUGAUGAUGACAUGUUUGUAAAUAUUCCUAUGUUAAUGAAAACAUUACAAUCCAGACCACAAUCUACUGAUACAUUAUUGGGAUCUCUUAUUUGCAAUGCAAAACCCAUUCUAGACCCCAACAACAAAUGGUACACGCCAAAAUAUAUGUAUUCAGAAAAAAUAUAUCCUAAUUAUUUGUCGGGUACAGGAUAUGUAAUGAGUCUAGAUGUUGCAUUUAAAUUGUACCAAGCAGCAUUAACGAUGCCAUUACUCCAUUUAGAAGAUGUUUACAUUACAGGUCUUUGUGCGAAACGCGCAAAAGUCCGGCCUGUAAAUCAUCUUGGUUUUAGUUAUAUUCCAAGGAAAUUAGAUCCUUGCAUAUUAAGAAACGUUAUAACAGCACACAAAGUGAAUUCGUCUAAUAUGUAUGUAAUAUGGAACAAAUUGCACGAUACAAAUCUAUCUUGCAAUAAUCGUUCUCAUACCGACAAAAAGGCAGUCAAAUUAAGCCGAAAAGGUAGAAAUGUUGGAUAUUACAUAGUGAAAAGAAUAUUAAGCAACAAAUGCGUUUAAAAUAACUAGCUUUUUAAAGAUUGAAUCUAUUAUUUAUUCUUGAUUUAAUGUUUGUUAAAAGUCAACAAUUCAAUGAAUACAAAGAUCUAAAAUAGACCAAGGAACGUUGUUUCAGAAUAACUUAAGAUCAGCAUAAGUAUUAAUAGAUCUGGAAACACUUUAAAAGAACUAAAAACCGUGCUUCCUUUAAAUUUCGUUCGACAACACUAUAAUCUCUGCUAUAUAUUUUUACAGCAAGAAAGACUUGUAUUUGAUGUUUAACAAUAAUUAAUGAAGGUUUUAUACGGUAUUUUUCCAUUUAAAUAGCAGUAGUUCUUAAGAAAACACUGUCAAUUAGAUUUCUUGUAUAAACAGUUAAAUCCUUUGCCUAAAUGUAUAAAAGUUUCAUGAUUCUAUCAUCUA